GUGGUGUAGUCUACGUGAUACGCAGGUAUACGCCGUAUACCCACUAGGAAUGUUCAAGGAUUUCCGUAUACCCACUUAAAAAAGCGCGAGGAUACGUAACGACAUCGUUUUGUGACAGAACUUUCACACAUUCAUUCAUAAAUUCCAUUCAUUCAUAAAUUCACCCCGUCUAUGUUGCCAUUGGGGCGCCGCUGCCGUGGCACGUCACCUGGGUCUGACGUCACCUUCAUUGAUUGGCGGUCAUUUUCGGCGCGCAAGUUAGAAAAUUAUGAAUGGAAUACCUAUACUAUAAAACGAAACGAAAAACAUGAAACGAAAACAAAAUCAAAUGACACUCUUUCAGUGUUUUCGUAAGCCUGCCUCUGAAGCUACUGCCGCUUCUUCGGGUGACGCCGCAGAAGACGUUAAUUUGAAAGAAACGACAGAAAAAGAGACCGUUUCUGUCCUUCGCGGUGCAGAAGAGCCCGAUGUUAUCGCAACGUUACCUGAUGAUGAGAGGGAUGAGAACUCCUGGCCAGCAUUGUGGACUGAAAGUCAGGCUAGGGAAUUUAAAAACAGGCAUCCUUGGUUAGAAUGGAGGGACAGAAAGUUAGGUUGUGCUGUUUGCAGCGCAACAAAAUCAACAGGAAUCCUCACAGAAAAAAGAGUGUCAAUGUCCGAGGAGUGGGUGUACUUUAAGAUCCAGGCCUCAAACACAAACCGAUCAACAGCUCUGACCUCUUUGAGGAACAAAAUACACCGACAUGAGACAUCCAGGGCACACGAAAUAGCCCAGGAGCUCACUGAAAAGGGUGGGCAGAAUGUACUUGGAAAUAUGGUGAGAACCAUCUCCGAGACUGUGUUGGCUGAGACAGAUGCUGUAUUCAGAACAGCAUACUAUCUUGCGAAGAUGAACCGACCUUUCACUGACCAUGACAAUCUCGUUGAUCUUCAGGAAAAAAAUGGUGUCAACAUGGGCACUAGUCUGCACUCAAGGUACAGUUCCACAAAAAUUGUGGAACACAUAGCAAAAGAGAUGCAGAAAAAAAUAGUUCACAGUAUUGUGUCGUCUUCAAGCAAGUUGUCUGUUCUCAUUGAUGAGGCAACAUCUCUCAGCCACAAAUCUGCCAUGAUUGUCAACUUGAAAGCCUCAGUAGAUGGAGCUACUCCUGAAUUUGUGUUUCUGGAGCUGGUUGAGCUGGAAAGCCAAAAGGCAGAGGAUAUAGAAGAAGCUCUCCUUGACUGUUUAUACACUGCAGGCUUCAGUGAAGAUUGGCUUCAAAAGAACUGGGUUUCAUUUGUUUCUGAUGGAGCCAGUGUCAUGUUGGGCAAGAACACUGGUGUUGCAACCAGGCUGAUGGCAAGAUACCCUAACCUCUUCACAUGGCACUGCAUGAACCAUCGUUUGGAACUGGCUGUAUCUGAUGCUGUGGAUGAGGUUCAGGCAGUCAACCACUUCAGAGCGUUCAUGGAGAAGAUCCACAAUCUCUACAGUCAGUCAAAUAAAAAUUCACGGGAGCUUCUGGAAGCAGCGCAAGAAGUGGGCUCACAAGUCCUGAAAAUUGGCAGGGUUUUAAAUACACGAUGGGUGGCCAGCAGCUUCCGUUCUGUAAAGGCUGUGUGGAGGUCGUAUGAAGCACUCAACAGACACUUUGAAAAUGCUGCAGGAGACCAAACAAGAAGCAGCAAAGAGAGACAAACGUACAGAGGCUUGGCACGUCGUAUGCAAAGCAAGGAAUUCCUGUGUGACCUAGGACUAAUGUACGAUGCACUGUCUGAACUUUCAAAUCUGUCUCAGCAACUCCAGGCCCAUUCAGUCACACUCUUGAGAGCAGAGCAGCUUCUGAAGCGCACCCUCAGAGUGCUGGCAUCAUUCAAAGACACCCCAGGAGAGAAAUUAGAGGAGGCACUGACAGCACAAGCUUUGGGACAUUUAGGAUCAGUUCAUCUGGAGUCAAAUGCAAAGCUCAUACCAAUCAACACAAAGCAGUUCCUGCAAAGUCUGAUUAACAACAUGGAGAAGCGCCUCUCAUUUGAAGGUGAAAUGCUUCAUGACCUCAGUAUUCUGGAUACAGGCAACUGGCCAUCAACACCUGGCAUACGGCAUGGUGAGGCACAAGUGAAACGAUUGUGCAGGCGGUUCAAUCUUUGUGAAGAGCAAGCAGUUAAUGGUAUGAGAGAUUUCCUUGAGCACCCAGAAAGUGAGCCUGAAAGCUUAAAACCGCUCAUACGAUGCAUGCAGACCAUCCCUUGCAGCACUGCUGAGUGUGAAAGGGGCUUCAGUGUCAUGAACAAUAUAUGCACUGACAAAAGAUCUACACUGUUGUUGUCCACCAUAAGUAAUUUAAUGAUGAUCAGCAUCAAUGGGCCCCCAGUAAGACUUUUUGAACCAAGAAAGUAUGUCACAAUAUGGCUAAAAAGCCAUCGCUCUGCCACACAGGCAAGGAGGCAGUGCACACAUCAGCUGCCAGAGUAUAAGCAUAUUUGGAAAGCAUUAUAGACUGCCUACCCCCCAUAGUGACUUAGUGACCCCACUCCUCCCCUUCUUACCCCACUCCAAGGACACUGCUAGCAAUCUAAAUGGAACAGGAGCUUGGCUUUCUGUAUGUGUUCCAGUCUUUUUUUCCAGGACCUGUGGACUCCAGGAACCCAGUAUGGGUACUUUGACAAUGUUAAAGGGAUAGUUGACCCAGUUCAGUCAUCUGUCAUUUACUUGUCCUCAAGUUGUUUCAAACCUGUAGAAAUUUCUUAGUUCUGCUGAACACAAAGUAAGAUAUUUUAAAGAAUGUUUGUAACCAAUCAGAUAU